UGGGAUCUGUAUCUAGAUCCCACCCUGUUUUCACUGCGGUCAAAAGUACACACCACAACAAAAUACUCACCUUUUUUUCUGAUGUAUGGAAGAGAGGCAGUAUUUCCAUCAGAAGUGCCUGCUCAAGUGCCGUGAAGUGGCUUUGGGCUGCAAAAGACACCGGGCGUGUGGAGGCAGUCGUUGGGCCAUACAAAUUGUAUGACUCUUCUUUUCGCACACUGGAGGACAGUGGGUGGCUUUCUGAUGAGGUCAUUGAUGCAUACCUGCACUGCCUCAUUAGGAAACAAAAGAAACCCGUGUAUCAGUUGUCUUGCGUUGUUGCAACCUCUCUGUUUUCUGGGAAGUUUAAAUGUGUCACCAAGAUGUUGUUUCCGGCUGAGGACAUUUGGUUGUGCCCACUGAACUUCGGUGCACACUGGAUCCUUGUGGUUGUCAAAAUCUCCUCACGAUCUGUACUGCUGUUAGACCCUCUUGGAAAUGAAGGUUGUUAUGAAAGGAAAAUUAUGCGUAACUGGAGGAAUUUUCUGAAGAUGAAAGGAAAGGAAGAGUCCCGAGUGGAUUGGAAAAUGGAGACUCUGCCACACAACAAGCAGAUGGACUCCAGCAGUUGUGGAGUUUUAGUGUUGAAGUUUGCCGAACACUACCUUAUGAGUGGAGAGGUUACUAGGGUGCUGUCCACUCCAGAAGCCAUUGGGCUGCAACGCACAGAAAUUGCUUGCGAACUGCUAGAACAUCAAAGUAAUGCUGAUGACUACUGUGUGGUUUGUUCCAUGCUGGAAGCCGAUCCUGAGUCCAGUAUGAUUGAAAUGGUAAAACAAAUAAACCACAAAUGCAAUAUACAGUUGCUUGCAACAUUAUUCGGCCCCCUUGAACUUUUCCACAUUUUGUCAUAUUACAGCCACAAACACGAAUCAAUUUUAAUUGUAAUUCCACGUGAAAGACCAAUACAAAGUGGUGUAUACGUGAGGAGUGGAACGACAGUCGUACAUGAUUCCAAACAAUUUUUACAAAUGAAUAACUGA